UAGGGAGAACCAAUAUUCUCUCUCCUAAUGUUUCUUUCCCUCGUUUGCAUGACGUCGAUUGAGCCAAUGAGGCUAUGUUGCAUGCUGGCGCAACCCUCGCCUUCACACACGUUGAAGAAAGGAGAAACAUUCCUUCGUCCAUGCCAUCGCCGACCAAGCUAGUUUCGCCUUGUUGCUGGGGCGCUCCAAAACAAAACACCUGACUGAGACACGCGCUGUCGCACUUGCUACGCACUGGCAUGGCUAAAGUGAUGAACUACGGCGCCCUCAGGGCUGUCGGGGAUGACAGACCGUCAGAGACGACGAGAUCGGCCUCGAAGAAAAAGGGGACCACAGAUACGGGCCGGUUUACGGGCAACGUCAAAGUGGAGACGUACGAAGUGACCGAUCUGAUGGACCCCAUCGACCUGCAGGCGGAGGACGUCGUAUACACGAGGGACCAAGAGGCGUUGUACUACGUCGCACUCAGCGUAGACGGCAUGUUCAUCAGCCGUUCGAGCACCAAGACGCCGGGGACGACCGCUUGGAACGAUUGUCUCGUGGCCGACGUUCACGGCGCGCGGAGCCUGGCGUUUACCGUGUUUCGCGUGGCGACGACGCGAACGUCUGACGACUUGCCCGUCGCUAAGGGCAGCGUCACCUUCGACGAGCUCGUCCAAUCGGCGAGAAGAGCAAGUGUUCCCGAUAGCGACGUUAGGAUUGACCUCAAGCCUGAAGGAAAACUGCACGCUGUCAUCAGCCUAGUACGAGGAGAAAAUGGGGCCGAGGAGUACCAGCACGAGUCAAGGGAGCGGCAAGCGCUCAUCCAAUGCCAGGGCGCUACAAAGGAGAAGGUGCACGAGGUCAACGGCCACAAGUUUGUCGCCACGCUUCUACGGCAGCCCAGCUUCUGUUCCCGUUGCCAUGGUUUCAUCUGGGGCAUUGGAAAGCAAGGCUACCAGUGCAAAGCCUGCACGUGUGUUGUUCACAAGCGGUGUCACGCGAUGGUGAUCACCAAAUGCACGGGUACGAGUGAUAGCACUGACGAUGAGUUGGCUGCCAGAAGCGAGCUCAAUGCCAACAACCCACACCAGUUUGCGGUGCGGACCUACAGGCGGCCAACCUUCUGCGACCACUGCGGGACAAUCCUGACUGGCCUGACUGAGCAAGGAGUGCACUGCAAAGCAUGCCGCCUGAAUGUGCACAAGCGAUGCCAAAGGAACGUUGCCGAUAACUGCGGAUAUGCAACCAUGUUUAGUGAUGUGACUAUCUCUGGUAGCAAACACAAGAUUUUGUAAUUUGUGACCGCACCUGAACAACACAAGCAAACAAAAAAAGCAUUUAACUGAAGCUGUUGACCAUUUCGGAUCGCUCAAAUAUGUAACACCGUCCAAUUAUUGGACUUUUCUUUGCACCAGGAAAGACAAGGACGGAAUAAUUUGACACUACAGGUAGCAGCAGGCAUUGUUUGCCACAUUUGAACAGCAAAAAAUAAAGGGGUCUAAGGAGCCCAUUGUUUUGUUACCUACAAUUGUAUGAACAGA